AUGACGGAGGCGGCGAAGUACAAGAAACUCACCCCCAUCGACCAUGUCCUCAUACGGCCGGAGAUGUACGUCGGCAGCGUUGAGACGAUCUCCACCGCGAUGUUCGUCUUCGACCACGACAAGGGCCGGAUGGUGUGGGACACGCUGAAGCUCAACCACGGCCUGCUGAAGAUCGUGGAUGAGAUUCUCCUCAACGCCUCCGACAACCUCGCGAACAAAGGCGCCCGGAUGACGUACAUCCGCGUGCACAUCACGGAGUCGGGGGAGAUCACCAUCGAGAACGACGGCGCCGGCAUUCCCAUUGUGCGCAGCAAGGAGCACAAGCUCUACAUCCCGGAGAUGGUCUUUGGCCACCUCCUCACCAGCUCCAACUACGACGAUGCGAGUCAAACCACCGUCGCGGGACGGCACGGGUACGGCGCAAAACUCACAAACAUUUUGUCCCACCGCUUCUCCGUCUUCUGCCGGACGAGGGGGAAGGAGUUUCACAUGAGUUGGCAGGACCACAUGCGUAAAGCGACGGCCCCGCGGGUGUCGAACUGCGAUGCAAAGGAGAAGAAUGUGACGCGUGUGAAGUUUCUGCCGGAUUACGAGCGAUUCGGCUUGAGGGAGAAUAAAAUUUCACAUGACAUGAAGCGGGUGUUGCACAAGCGUGUCAUGGACCUCGCCGCGAUGUUCCCAAGCAUUGAAAUCUCACUCAAUGGCACCCCGUUUGGCUUUAAGUCCUUCCACGACUACGCCGUGCUGUACAGCGCCCCAAUCUCAGGUGGGGAGAUGCCGCCGGCGCCGUUUGUGUACGAGAGCCGCAAUGGCGCCAUCGCGUUUGUGCCCUCCCUCACUGCCGGCACCCGCCGCGUGUUUAGUGUGGUGAACGGCGUCGUGACGCACAAUGGCGGCACCCACUGCAACGCCGCGCAGGAUAUUCUACAGUCCUCCCUGGAGACUGUUGAGCGGGCGCUGAAGAAGGAGAACAAGGUGAUUGACACAAAUCGUGUCCUGCGGCACUUCACCCUUCUCGUGUUUCUCGUGCAGGUGCAGCCGAAGUUUGACUCGCAAAGCAAGGCGCGUCUCGUCUCCUCGCCGACGAUGCCGCGCGUGCCAAAGCAGGAACUGGUUGAGUUUCUGCUGCGCAUGCCGUUUCUCGAGGCGCACGUCAACACCAUGACGGGGCAACUCGCGCAGGAGCUGAACAAGGAGAUGGGCGCCGGGCGUCGCAUGAGCAGCAAGACCCUCAUCUCCUCCAUCACGAAGUUAGUGGACGCCACCACGACGCGGCGGGACCCAAGAUGCAUUCGCACCCUCAUCGUCACAGAGGGAGACUCCGCCAAGGCGCUCGCGCAGAACUCCCUGACGAGUGACCAGAAACGCUACACCGGCGUCUACCCGCUGCGUGGUAAACUGUUAAACGUGCGCAAUAAAAACCUCAAACGCCUUAAAAACUGUAAGGAGUUGCAGGAACUCUUCUGCGCCCUCGGACUCGAGCUGGGGAAGAUCUACAAGGAGGCAGACGAGCUGCGGUACCAGCGCCUACUACUCAUGACAGACCAGGACGCGGAUGGGUCGCACAUUAAGGGGCUUGUCAUCAACGCCUUUGAGGCGUUGUGGCCCUCGCUGCUUAUCCGCAACCCAGGCUUCAUCUCCAUCUUUUCCACGCCCAUUGUGAAGGUGCGGCUGCGGGACAAGUCCACCCAGUCCUUCUUCAGUCUGAAGGAGUUUCACAAGUGGCAGAGGACGCAUGCAAACGUGCCCUACACUGCAAAGUACUACAAGGGUCUCGGCACCUCCACCACUGCGGAGGGAAAGGAGUACUUUAAGGACAUGGACAAACACACCAUGCGGCUGCUGGUGGAGCGUAACGAUCACAACUUACUUGACAGCGUGUUUGACUCCCAGGAGGUGGAGUGGCGCAAGGAUUGGAUGACCAAGGCAAACGCCUACACCGGAGAGGUGGACAUCGACCGCAGCAAAAAGGCCCUCACGGUACCCGAUUUUGUUCACAAGGAAAUGGUGCACUUUGCCCUUGCCGGCAACGCCCGUGCUCUGGCACACGCGGUGGAUGGAUUAAAGCCUUCGCAGCGAAAAAUUUUGUGGGCUCUCUUGCGUCGCUCUAGUAAUGAGGCUGCCAAGGUGGCACAGCUGUCGGGGUACAUCUCAGAGGCCUCUUCCUUUCACCACGGCGAGAUGUCCCUGCAGGAGACGAUUAUUAAGAUGGCCCAGAAUUUUACAGGCGGCAACAACAUCAACCUGCUCGUUCCAGAGGGUCAAUUUGGUUCGCGUCAGCAGGUUGGCAACGACCACGCGGCAGCCCGCUACAUCUUCACGAAACUCUCCAGUUUUGCACGGAUGCUGUUCCCCAGCGAGGAUGAGCCUCUCUUGGACUACGUGGAGGAGGAGGGGCAGCGGGUGGAGCCAAACCACUACGUUCCCAUCCUUCCGCUGCUGCUGUGCAACGGGAGUGUUGGUAUUGGGUUUGGGUUCGCCUCCAACAUCCCCCCGUUUCACCCGCUCGACGUUUCGGCGGCUGUGCGCAGCAUGAUUAGUGGUGAGAGUGCCAAGGCUGUCGUACGGCGGCUUGUGCCUUGGGCCGUUGGCUACCAAGGCGAGGUACGUCGAGGCCCGGAAGGGGAAUUCAUCGCGGCUGGAAGUUACCAAUACUACGUUGAUGGCCGUGUGCACGUGACGGAGGUGCCGUGGACGCUUAGCAUUGAGGCCUUCCGCGGCCACAUCUCGCACCUCGCGUCGAAGGACGUUGUGCAGCGCAUUGCCGACUACUCUGGCGCGAACCACGUUGACAUUGACCUGGAACUCACGAAAGGUGCUGUGACGACGUACGCGGAGUGCGAGAGCGAGCUCCUGCUGACGCAGCGUGUCUACAUCAAUGGGACCGUCUUCUCCCCGAACGGCGUCCUCACCCCUCUGGAGGGUGACCUGGCGCCUGUGCUGCAGUGGCACUACGACCGCCGCCUGGACCUGUACAAGAAACGACGACAGCGCAACUUGGGGAUUCUCGAGGCCGAACUCGCGCGGGAGAAGUCGACGUUAACGUUUGUGAACCACUUCCGCAGUGGAAAAAUUGACUUUGUCAAUGCCACGGACGAGAGUCUGGUGAAGACCUGCGGCAAGCUGGGUAUGGUGCGCGUGGACGGCUCCUACGACUACGUGCUGCGCAAGCCCAUCACGUUCUACACAAGGACGAGUCUCGAGCAACUAGGCCGCAAGAUCGUAGACACCGAGAAGCGCAUCGAGAAACUCAAAAAGACAACGCCGGUGCAGCUUUGGCUAGACGAGCUCGACCGCUUUGACCGCGCCUUUGAGGAGUACGAGAAGACUACAGUGGCGUCCAUUCUCAAGGAGCGGCGGGUGCAUCCGCCGACGGGCGACGUGAACCGGGCCCUGCAGCAGCCGCGGCUGGAGGUGGAGGAGCCUAAGGCCCCUUCCGCCGGCGGCAGAGGGGUCCCAAUGCGGGUGAAGGUGCGGAAGUACGCCCCCCCGCCGCCGAGUAAGCGACCCCAGCUCGACGGCGGCAGAGGCGGCGGCGGCGGCAACAGUGCGGCGGCGGUGGUGGCGCGCGUCAAGGCCGCAAAGAGGGCGGCGCGGACGAAGGGCGUGCGGAAGAUGCUGUUGGAUGUCGUUUCCCAGCAGGUGGCGCGCGCCAUUCCGCGGCUGCCGUGGUUCCUCUUUUAG